AUGCAACAGGCCUUCGGACGAAAGCUGUUCUCCUCUUUCUCUCUGAGCUCCUCCAAGAACAACGAGAUGUCCUUUUUGACGAAUCGCCUCAGACACUUCACUUGGGCAUGGUUCACCGUGUUCCUGCUGUCUCAGCCCAUGUCAACGGGCGGAAUCGCGCUCGUCCUAGGGCAAUUGCCUUUCCAAUUCGAUGGCCUGAAGACUAUCGGUCUAAUCUUCUAUAUCGCGGAUGUUGUCCUCUUCUUCCUUGUCGUCAUCGCCAUGAUUCUGCGGUAUACCCUAGCUGGCGCCUCGUUUCGAUAUACAGUCACUCAUCCGACUGAGUGUCUCUUCAUGCCAACAUCUCAGCUUGCGUUUGCGACAAUCGUAAUGGGCAUGGGGCUCUACGCUGAGCCACAUACAGCUCCAUGGUGCAUUCAGGCAAUGCUGAGCUCCUUUGCGCAAUGGACAAUCUUCCUUCUCCUAGCUCAUGCACCGUCUACAUUCACGCUCUCGACAGUCGAAAGCCAAAAGUCAAACCACACGACGCAGAAUCUGUCGCCGGGCUUCAUCUUGCCCAUCUUCCCAUCAAUGCUGGUCGGCACGAUUGCAAACAGCAUUACAAAGUCUUCUCAGCUCAAGCAGUCCGAGAGCCUCAACAUUGCAAUUGCUGGCUUGACCUUCCAAGGAUUAGGCUUUCUCGUCAGUUGCUUCGUCUAUGCGAUGCUCCUUCGACGGCUCAUGCAGUUCGGCCUACCUGAGCCGAGCCAUCGGACCGGGCUCUAUAUUGCUGCAGGACCAUGUGGAUUCACCGGUUUGGCACUCCUCGGCAUGGCCCGUAAUGCGUCCAACUUUCUCCCCGAAGGCGCGCUAUCGCCCAUGUUUCCCUCUUCGGACGACUUGGCAAAGCUUCUCCUCGUUCUCGGUCUCCUCGCUGCCCUCCUCCUCUGGCAAUUGGCAGCCUUCUGGUGGCUGCUUGCCACCUUUUCCAUCCUUUCUGCCGUCGGAAAAUCAUUUUUGACGGUCCAGGGCCGUCGCAAUCUGCGCGAACGACCACGCGAAGAGGUGCACUGCUUCAGCAUGUCUUGGUGGGCCUCCAUCUUCCCCAUCUCAGGCUUCUGCAUCUGCACAAUCUACAUCGGCCAGGCACUCGACAAUUCUCGUGCCGUGGGCUGGUUCGCGACCGGCGUGGCUAUCUAUCUCGUCUGCGCCUACUUUACGGUGUUGGCCUUUAUGAUCGAAGCAGUCGUUCGUGGCCGCAUCAUGCGGACGGGCAGGGACGAGGACAAGCCCAUGCCGAGGCUCUCAAGGAACCAGACCCGCAAUCGGAAAUCCGGUGUGACGAGCACGGUGAACAGCGGAACGUUCCGAGAUGUUGAGAGGAGUGCGUCGGAUGAGACUAUGGUCGACGUCCAGCAAGGCAUCGUUUCAUCGUCACACAACGAGCAAAAGUAGGUUAAGC